UCCUUCAUCUUCGUCGUCAUCUACUCGCUCCCCCUCCCCCUCCUCGUAGCUCAAUUUGACCGCCUUCCGCUCUCUCGGCGGUGCGUGCGUUCGAGUCUCGCCGGCGAGGAGGACACCGAGUCGAUCGGAUACAGAUCGGAGCGGGAGCAUGGCGGCGACCAAGUCGGUGGAGGAGAUAAGGAAGGCGCAGCGGGCGGAGGGCCCGGCCACCGUGCUCGCCAUCGGGACGGCCACCCCGGCGCACUGCGUCAUCCAGGCGGACUACCCGGACUACUACUUCCGGAUCACCAACAGCGAGCACAUGACCGACCUCAAGGAGAAGUUCCAGCGCAUGUGCGACAAGUCGAUGAUCAAGAAGCGGUACAUGCACCUGACGGAGGACUUCCUGAAGGAGAACCCGGGGAUGUGCGCGUACAUGGCCAACUCCCUCGACGCCCGCCAGGACGUGGUGGUGGUGGAGGUCCCCAAGCUGGGGAAGGAGGCGGCCGCCAAGGCCAUCAAGGAGUGGGGCCAGCCCAAGUCGAAGAUCACCCACCUCAUCUUCUGCACCACCUCCGGCGUCGACAUGCCCGGCGCCGACUACCAGCUCACGAAGCUCCUCGGCCUCCGCCCCUCCGUCAAGCGCUACAUGAUGUACCAGCAGGGGUGCUUCGCCGGCGGCACGGUCCUCCGCCUCGCCAAGGACCUCGCGGAGAACAACCGCGGCGCCCGAGUCCUCGUCGUGUGCUCCGAGAUCACCGCCGUCACCUUCCGCGGCCCGUCAGACUCCCACCUCGACUCCCUCGUCGGCCAGGCCCUCUUCGGCGACGGCGCCGGCGCCGUGAUAGUCGGGGCCGACCCGGACACCGCCGUCGAGCGCCCGCUGUACCAGCUCGUCUCGGCCGCCCAGACCAUCCUCCCGGACUCCGACGGCGCCAUCGACGGCCACCUCCGCGAGGUCGGCCUCACGUUCCACCUCCUCAAGGACGUCCCCGGGCUGAUCUCCAAGAACAUCGAGAAGAGCCUCGUCGAGGCCUUCACGCCGAUCGGGAUCAACGACUGGAACAGCAUCUUCUGGAUCGCCCACCCCGGCGGCCCGGCCAUCCUGGACCAGGUCGAGGUCAAGCUCGGGCUCAAGGAGGAGAAGAUGAGGGCCACCCGCCACGUGCUCAGCGAGUACGGCAACAUGUCCAGCGCCUGCGUGCUCUUCAUCCUGGACGAGAUGCGGAAGAAGUCGGCGGAGGAGGGGCGGGCGACCACCGGCGAGGGCCUGGACUGGGGGGUCCUGUUCGGGUUCGGGCCGGGCCUGACGGUCGAGACCGUGGUGCUGCACAGCGUCCCCAUCGAGGGAGCUCACUGAUCUGCCCUAGCGCUCCGGUGGGGAGUCAAAGAGGACGACGGACGACGCACGGGUCCGCUUUUGGCAGCAACAAACGACAAAACAAAAGGGUGACUUCCGUAAUAAAUCCGUGCUUUGGGAGCAUUUUUUUCUUAAGCUGUGUUAAUGUCCGAAUGUCGGAUUUGUUUUUCCUAUUUUUGUAUAAUUCGAUUGUUUGUGCGGGUUAACGGACUUCUUCCGAUCA